AGGAUCAGUCAGUCCUCAGGGAAACAUCAUGUAGUGCAACACAGACUGAAGGCACUUUAAAUAUAACUCCACCGUGUUUUUAUAUAUUUUUUACUCACCAGGAAUCUUCUUUUUUCGGUGUUUUAAGCACCAACUGACGUGAUGUUCCUCCGCGGAUCUAAAAAGCGACGGUCUAACCGCUCGCAGGAGGAAGAGGACCCGGACCGAGGGCAGCCCUGCAUGCGCUGCGGGGAUCAGUGCCCCGGAUUCCAGGUCCACGGCUGGAGGAAGAUCUGUGUGCACUGUAAGUGUGUGAGGGAGGAGCACGCGGUGCGCGGCGUGCCGGGUCAGCUGGAGAAGAUGAUGACGAAGCUGGUGUCCGACUUCCAGAGACACUCCAUCUCCGACGACGACUCUGGCUGCGCCUCGGAGGAAUACGCCUGGGUGCCGCCGGGGCUCAAGCCCGAACAGGUGUACCAGUACUUCAGCUGCCUGCCGGAGGACCGGAUCCCGUAUGUGAACAGUCCUGGGGAAAGAUACCGGAUCAAACAGCUGCUGCACCAGCUGCCGGCGCACGACAGCGAGUCUCAGUACUGCAACACUCUGGACGACGAGGAGAAGAAGGAGCUGCGAGUGUUCAGUCAGCAGAGGAAGAGAGAGAACCUGGGCCGAGGCGUCGUCAGACUCUUCCCUCUGACGAUGACGGGCGCCAUCUGCCAACAGUGUGGCCGUCAGAUCUGCGGGGGGGACAUCGCGGUGUUUGCCAGCCGCGCGGGGCAGAGCGGCUGCUGGCACCCUCAGUGUUUCCGCUGCCACACCUGCAGCGAGCUGCUGGUCGACCUCAUCUACUUCUUCCAGGAGGGAAACAUCUACUGCGGGCGGCACCACGCCGAGAGGCUGAAGCCCCGCUGCCAGGCCUGCGACGAGAUUAUUCUGGCUGAUGAGUGCACGGAGGCCGAGGGUCGGUACUGGCACAUGAAGCACUUCUGCUGCUUCGAGUGUGAGGCGUCGCUGGGCGGUCAGCGUUACAUCAUGAGAGAGAGCCGGCCGUACUGCUGCGCCUGCUACGAGUCGCUGUACGCCGAGUACUGCGACACCUGCGGGGAACACAUAGGUAUCGAUCAGGGCCAGAUGACGUACGAGGGGCAGCACUGGCACGCCGUGGAGUCGUGUUUCUGCUGCGCACGCUGCCGGCUGCCUCUCAUCGGACGACCCUUCCUCCCCCGAUCCGGACUCAUCUUCUGCUCCAGACCCUGCUCUCUGGGAGAAGACCCCGACAACUCAGACUCGUGCGACUCGGCUCUGCAGAUCAAACCCGCCGCCGGGCAGAGGCGCUGGGAGGUGGGGGGGAAACAGCAGCAGCAGCAGACCUGUGGUUCCCCUCUGCAGCCACCAGAGGGCGUCAGACUGCCGGUUACUGUGGCUAAAGACAGUAUGCACACAGCGGGGGAGAGCAGAGGUGUUCACUGCUCCGCUCCGGCUCAGAACGGCCUCCCUCCCCCCCGAGGCUCGUACUCCCCUCUCCCCCAUAUCCACCUGGGGAACGGCUUGGGCCCGUCGUGGCCCAGCGACCUCCCCAACUACAGCCUACUGCCGGGGGACACUGCUCCUGUGAAUGGGAACACUGGACUGACCGGUCUGAACUCCAGAGGAACGUCCAGCGCUAAAGACUGCAGGAACUGGGUGGAGAGGACCAAUCAGGUGAUGCAAGUGUUUCCUCCUCAGAAGAACGGUCACCUGACCUCCCCCUCCUCCCCCCCCGACCCUUCCUCCGUCCUCCCCCCUCCUCUCCCGUUGAAGUCACGUGACCUGAUGCCCGUGGACUCCCCCUCUCCCCCCCCUCUCCUGCCCCCCCCACCGCUGGAGGACACCCCCUCAGACUGCCCCCCCCCUCCUCUGUCCCGCAGCGGCACAGCCAGGGUCAGCUUCAGGGAGCCAAUCAGCAGCAGCUAUUCUGAGGAGGUGGAGGAGGGGGUAGAUGAGGAGGAGGAGGAUCUGAGGGAGGAAGAGGAGCAGCAGCAGGAGGAAGAGGAGGAGGGGGGGGGCUUCGGGAGCCGGCUGCAUCUGCAGAAGGGAAUCCCCCCUCAGAUGGAUCUGCUGGAUGGAUCGUCGUAUCACCAGCGCAAUCAGCGGCGGGGCUGGAGUCGGACUCGUGUUCCCUCGGACCCCGACCUCCACCCCGGGUCAGAGCGACGGCCCCGACGCCCUUCAUCCGAACGACCCCGCCUCGAAGUCCUGGACUGGAGGGGUGAGAGAGGGGAGAGAGAGAGGGGCGAGAGAAGGAACUCCUCCUCUCUCACCCUGCAGUCGAGACACUACAAACACGAGGACUGCUCCACCUGCUCCUCCUCCUCCUCAGACUCCGAGGAGGAGGGCUUCUUCCUGGGGAAACCCAUCCCUCUGCCCCCCCAGCUCCGAAAACAACCCCCCGAGGAGGAGUAUAGUGGGCGAGAGGAGGAGGGGAGGGAGGGGAGGGAGGUUCAGAGGGGGGGGCUGAGAGGAAGCUUCAGGAGGAGGAGAGCUCACAGCCUCGGAGCUAAAGACAAAGAUAAAAACUGUGCCAUCUCCUAACGUCACAGAUCUCACAACCACAGACCAUACACUUCCAUCAUUCACAGACCAUACACUCACACCAUCUCCUAACAUCACAGAUCUCACAACCACAGACCAUACACUUCCAUCAUUCACAGACCAUACACUCACAUCAUCCACAGACCAUACACUCACAUCAUCCACAGACCAUACACUCACAUCAUCCACAGAACAUACACGAAUGGCGUGUUUCCACUACACGGCCUCGCUCGGCCUCGCUCGGUAUGGCUAGGCCUCGUUAGGACUGGCUCACUUUAUGGCGC